UACAAAUUACCGUUAAUAUGCAGGGAAAAGCAUUGGCGUUAAUAUUUUUAGCCUAUUUCACAAACAACGGUCUCACACUCGUAGAGGCAAACUUGCCGAAAGUGUGUUACAACACAUCGACUUGUGUACUCGGCCGUUUCAUGCGUGGCAAUGAAAACUGUUCAUACGAAGCUUUUCUGGGCAUACCGUAUGCCAAACCGCCUAUCGGAGAAUUGAGAUUUAGUAAUCCGGAAGAGGCUGUAUUAUGGCAAGGCACACUGCCAGCACUUUAUGCGAAACCAGAUUGUAUACAAAAGAAUUAUAUCCAACAAUAUCCAACUAUCACCGGCUCAGAGGAUUGCCUCUACUUGAAUGUUUAUCGGCCGAAGAAACGAACCGCUGAUAAGCUGCCAGUACUAUUUUAUAUACACGGUGGUGGGUUCUUCAGUGGCUCACCGAAUCCAUUAAAUCUGGGACCUGAAUAUUUUAUGGAUACAAGCGAAGUGAUUGUGGUUGUGCCAGCUUAUCGAUUGGGUCCAUUUGGUUUCCUCAGCACGAAUGAUACUGCGAUGACGGGAAAUUUCGGUCUUAAGGAUCAGAACUUGGCACUAAAAUGGGUUCAACAAUACGUUUCCUACUUUGGUGGCGAUGCAGAUCGUGUGACUAUUUUCGGACACAGCGCUGGUGGUACAGCUGUAAAUUUCCAUUUGUUGAGCGCCGCCUCGGAAGAUCUAUUUCAUAACGCUUUCAUAAUGAGCGGCGUUGCAACCGCACAAUUUGCUAGACCUCUAAGUGAUCCACAGGCACAAGUCGUGCAAUUGGCUAAAGCCCUUGGCUUAAGGGGUGCCGAUUACAUGGACUCGACUGAUUUAGUUAAGAUUUUGCGCGGUGUAAAUGCGCGCAUGCUGUUACGAGCUGUUGACGAUUUGAAACUUUGGAAUGUACAUCCACUGGCCACAUUUCGUCCGAAUAUUGAGCUCGACACCUGGCCGGGCGCAUUUCUAACAGAUUACCAAACAGAGUUUCGCGUAUCAAACGAGCCCAAACCCCUAAUCAUUGGUCAUAUGCCGUCGCGAGGCGAGGGUUUGGUCUUAGCACUACGUCUAGCAAGUAAUGCCAAACUACGCAAGGAAUUCAAUGCUAACUUUAUGAAGUCCUUGAGCAUCAUACUGGAUUUAUCGGCUGAAAGUGAUACAGAGGAAGUGAUGAGUAAUCUAGUUAAUACUUAUAUGGAUGGAAAUUAUGAAGUGAAUGCUGCUACAUUGAAUGGCUUCUUAGAGCUUUUAGGCGACGCCUAUUUUGCGCAUCCCACAUAUAAAACGAUUGAAGCGAAUUUGAGAAGCAACACAACGUCGCUGAGAGGUCUAAUCAAAUUCGGAUAUCGUGGACGUUACUCCUACUCGAAACUAUAUACCGGCAGCUCAAAGAAUUUCGGCCCUGCACAUGUUGAUGAUUCCUUGUUUUUGUUCAAAAACCCCGUCAGCUUUCCGGCAGGUUAUCCAAAAACUUCGCGUGAGGCUGCUUUGGUCAAACGUUAUGUAGGUUUGUUAGUGGAUUUCGCCAAAACUGGAAAUGCCGCUGCAUUCGAUGAUAUGGCCGAGUGUACCUACGAUGCUUUCACGCAGGGUGCUUGUGAGCAUUUGUGGAUCGAAAAUGGCGCUGAACCAUUUCAAACUUGUGAUGUCUGGGAAACGGACCACUUCGAUUUGUGGGACGAGAUAAUCGGCUAUUGAAAAGAUCGAACGUUCUCACUGAAGAAAUCGUCAUAAUAAAUUUUCAAUCUCAGUCAAUUUAUUUGGUUUGUCGAAAUUGAUUUUUCACUUUCGAAAAUAAAUUAGUGUCAAAAACCA